AUGGCCGCUGACAAGGAAGCCUUUGUCGACCUCUUUCCUCGUCUCGUGGACGAGAUUAUUCAUGGUGUGGAACAAGAGUACCCUGACUAUGACAAGGGUGCCAUUGCCUGGUUUCGCCGUGUCCUCGAGUACAACUGCCCCGGUGGCAAGAUGAACCGUGGCCUCAGUGUGCUCACCACUUUCCGCCACCUGGUCGCCCCUCGCGAGCCCACGGACCAGGAAAUCGAGCAGUGCAACAUUCUCGGCUGGUGCAUUGAAUGGCUCCAAGCCUUUUUCCUGGUGGCCGAUGACAUCAUGGACGGCUCCGUCACCCGCCGCGGUCAGCCUUGCUGGUACAAACAGGAAAAUGUGGGCACGGUUGCGAUCAACGACAGCUUUCUGAUCGAAGCAGCCAUCUACAAGCUUCUCAAGAAGCAUUUCAAGUCGACGCCCGUCUAUGUCGACCUCCUCGAGCUGAUGCUCGAGACCACCUACCAGACGGAACUGGGCCAGCUGCUGGAUCUGAUUACCGCUCCUGAAGACCAAGUCGUCCUGGACCGCUUCACCAUUGAAAAGCACACCAACAUUGUGAAAUACAAGACGGCAUUUUACUCCUUCUAUCUUCCGGUGGCCAUGGCCAUGUUGCUGGCCGGUGUCAAGGACGAGCAAGCCUUUGCCAACGCAAAGGACAUUCUCCUUGAAAUGGGCAUCUUUUUCCAGGUUCAAGACGACUACCUGGACUGCUAUGGCGACCCGAAGGUCAUUGGCAAGAUUGGCACCGACAUUCAAGACAAUAAGUGCGGCUGGCUAGUCAUUCAAGCCCUGCAGCGCGCCACCCCCGAGCAGCGCAAAAUUCUGGAGGACAAUUAUGCUCGCAAGGAUGCGGCAUGUGAAGCACGUGUCAAGGAGCUGUACAAGGAGCUCAACCUCGAGAAGGUUUACAAGGACUAUGAAGAGCAGCACUACCACAAACUCAUGGGCAUGAUUGACGAGAAGGCUGGUCAACUGCCCAAGGCCAUCUUCACGGACUUUGCUGCCAAGAUUUACAAGCGCCAAAAGUAA